AUGGAACACCGUGUCGACGCAGUCGUGAAGAGGAUUCGUCUACGCCGUUGGUCAGCCGGUUGGUGGUGGAACGUCGCAUCGGCAUCGUCGAGACGAGGCUCCGCCUGGUACGCCGUUGAUCAGCCGAUGGGAUGGAUCUUCAAAUCCGCAUGGCUGACUCGCGCCCAUCUGGUGCACCGUAGGAGACUGCAGGCUUACGGCAAUGGCGUAAGCCAUUGUCAAACUCGAGUCGUUCUUCCACUACCAAAGAAAGUCGUGGCCAAAGUGAAGUUUGGCCGCGCCGGCACACAGAGCAGCCCUGUUUAGAGAAGGGAUCUGCUUCACUUCGGAGGGGGCCUGAAAAAGCUGGCAAAAAAUUGCUGGAGAACCACGUCGUCUGCAGGCGCACCGUGAUCCCAGACGCAAAACCCACAGUUGAAACAACCCAAAUCGAAACAAGAACAACAACCAUACUCAUUCUCCUCAUCCUACGUCUUCUUCCUCUUCCUCUCCCUAUUCUUCUGCCUAUUCUUCUCCUUCGUAAUCUUCUUCUCCAACUCCUUCCCGUCCCCCCACUCGUUGUCACCAGACUGGCAGGGUCAGUCCGCUCACUCUGGCAGCCUGGAAUGUUCGUUCCAUUUUAAACAAUCCGAGGAGCAACCGACCGGAGCGAAGGACCGCGCUAGUAGCUCAAGAACUAACGCACUACAAGGCCAAUUGGAGGAGGUGGGAGCCCAACCCCUUCUGGAGUGGUCGCCCCAGGUACGAGAGACAUGACGCGGGUGUCGCCUUCGCUAUCCAGAACGACUUCGUGGGACAACUGCCCAGCCUGCUGCAGAACAUCAACGAUCGUCUGAUGAGCCUCCGUCUGCCACUCCGGGAUGGGUAAAAUUCGCCAAUAUCAUCAGCGCCUACGCUUCGCCGAUGACCGGUCCCGAGGCCGCCGCCAAGAGACAAAUUCUACGACGAACUGCACGAACCCUAGGCGACUUUGUCGAAAGCGGACAAGUUGAUUGUCCUCGGUGACUUCAAUGCCCGCGUCGGAACAGGUCGUACUGCCUGGAGCGAAGUGCUGGGUCCCCACGGUCUCCGCGGCUCAAACGACAAUGGUCUGCUGUUCCUCCGCACCUGCGCAGAACACCGCCUCAUCCUGACAAACACGUUAUUCUGUAUGCCGGAGCGAGAGAAGGCCAUCUGGAGGCAUCCUUUAUCGCGUCAUUUGCACCUACUGGACUUCGUCCUCGUCUGGAGGCGAGAUCAGCGGGACGUGCUGGUGACGAAGGCGAUCGCGGGUGCUGACGGGCGGACCGACCAUCGCCUCUUCAUCUCGAAGAUGCGUAUUCGUCUACAGCCUCGCAGGAGACCACAAGUUAAGUGA